AUGGCGUGUUCCCCGGGCCUCACAGACUGGUCUCUGUUCUCCAGCGGGCCUCACAGACUGGUCCCGGUUCUCCAGCGGGCCUCACAGACUGGUCUCUGUUCUCCAGCGGGCCUCACAGACUGGUCCCGGUUCUCCAGCGGGCCUCACAGACUGGUCCCUGUUCUCCAGCGGGCCUCACAGACUGGUCCCGGUUCUCCAGCGGGCCUCACAGACUGGUCCCUGUUCUCCAGCGGGCCUCACAGACUGGUCCCUGUUCUCCAGCGGGCCUCACAGACUGGUCCCUAUUCACCAGCGGGCCUCACAGACUGGUCCCUGUUCUCCAGCGGGCGUUGUUCACCAGCGGGCCUCAGAGACUGGUCCCUGUUCUCCAGCGGGCCUCGUUCACCAGCGGGCCUCACAGACUGCGGGCCUCGCAGACUGGUCCCUGUUCUCCAGCGGGCCUCACAGACUGGUCCCUGUUCUCCAGCGGGCCUCACAGACUGGUCCCUGUUCUCCAGCGGGCCUCGCAGACUGGUCCCUGUUCUCCAGCGGGCCUCGCAGACUGGUCCCUGUUCUCCAGCGGGCCUCACAGACUGGUCCCUGUUCUCCAGCGGGCCUCACAGACUGGUCUCUGUUCUCCAGCGGGCCUCACAGACUGGUCCCGGUUCUCCAGACGGCCCACAGACUGGUCCUUUCACCAGCGGGCCUCACAGACUGGUCCCUGUUCUCCAGCGGGCGUUGUUCACCAGCGGGCCUCAGAGACUGGUCCCUGUUCUCCAGCGGGCCUCGUUCACCAGCGGGCCUCACAGACUGGUCCCUGUUCACCAGAAGGCCUCACAGACUGGUCUCUGUUCUCCAGAGGGCCUCACAGACUGGUCCCUAGUCUCCAGCGGGCCUCACAGACUGGUCCCUGUUCUCCAGCGGGCCUCACAGACUGCGGGCCUCACAGACUGGUCCCUGUUCUCCAGCGGGCCUCGCAGACUGGUCCCUGUUCUCCAGCGGGCCUCGCAGACUGGUCCCUGUUCUCCAGCGGGCCUCACAGACUGGUCCCUGUUCUCCAGCGGGCCUCACAGACGGGCCUCGCAGACUGGUCUCGUUUACAGAAUGAUUAAAGAGCUUUUUGUGGCUCCAUUUGCAUCUAAAGUGAGCUGA